CAGAGCUGGGAGGAGGAGGAGGACUGAUCCCAGUCUGUACAUGGGACGAGUCUGGCUGGUCACGCGCCCUCUCGCACUAAAAUGAUGUAUUUCAGUCUCAGAAAGUUGUGAACAGUUGGUCAGAAAAAGAAGCAAAGGGAGAAUUUGGAUAAAGUGAAGCGCCGCGAGAGAAAAAAAAAAAACAACCAAACUAAACAGGAUGGGCGAGCCAGUGGACACAAAGUUUAAAACUACUGGAUCUGAGCUGCUGCUGCCUGUCAGUGAACACCUGGGCUUCUCUCUGGACCAGGUGAAUUUCCUGGCCUGCCAGCUGUUUGCCCUGGCUGCAGCCUUCUGGUUCCGCCUCUACCUCAGUCCCCGUCAUGCCAGUCCCCUGGUCAGGCAUGCUGUUGCCACGGUCCUGGGCAUCGUCUUCCUCAUCUUCUGCUUUGGCUGGUACUCUGCUCAUAUCCUGACCACUGUGAUUGUAAACUACUUGAUCAUCGUUACAGCAGACCUUAACAAUGUACACAGGUACUCCAUGGUGACAGCUAUGGGCUAUCUGACGAUGUGCCAGGUGAGCCGAGUCUUCAUCUUUAACUAUGGAAUACUUUCCACUGACUUCUCUGGGCCUUUGAUGAUAGUAACCCAGAGGAUUACCACACUGGCUUUCCAGCUUCAUGAUGGUAUGUGUAAGAAAAGUGAGCAGCUGACAUCAGAGCAGAAGCUCAUGGCUAUAAAUGCGAGGCCAUCUCUCAUUGAGUACUUGAGUUAUAAUCUGAACUUCCUGAGUGUCUUGGUGGGGCCGUGUAGUAACUAUAAGGACUACAUAGACUUCAUUGAGGGCACACACAUCAGCAGGAGGCUCAAACAGCACCCUGGGACUUGUAAUGGACAAAAUGGCUAUGAAAAGACUCCAGACCCAUCACCUGUUAAUGCCGUCCGUCACAAGCUACUGGUCUGCUGCGGCUGUAUGCUCUUCUUCCUCACUGUGACGCGAUCCUUGCCAAUAAAGCACAACGUUGACUCCGACUUUGUCAGCUCCGCUCCCUUCCUGACCAGGCUCACUUAUGCUUUCUUCUCCAUACAAGCCGCAAGACCCAAGUUCUACUUUGCCUGGACGCUCGCUGAUGCGGUGAACAACGCUGCAGGUUAUGGUUUUCUGGGCAUAGACGAGAGUGGAAAGCCAUCCUGGGACCUCAUCUCCAACAUCAACAUUAUUGGGAUUGAGACAGCAACUAGUUUCAAGACUUUCAUAGACAACUGGAAUAUUCAAACUGGAAUUUGGCUGAAAACGGUGUGUUAUGACCGAGCCUCUAAGCACCGGUUAGCGCUGACCUUCGUCCUGUCUGCCCUGUGGCACGGUGUUUAUCCAGGAUACUAUUUCACCUUCCUCACUGCCAUCCCCAUCACCAUAGCAGCACGAGCUAUACGGAAAUCUGUUCGUCACUACUUCCUGGACUCCGGAGCCUUGAAGUUUGGAUAUGACAUCCUAACCUGGACCGCCACCCAGCUGGCCAUCUGCUACACCGUCAUGCCGUUUCUGCUUCUGUCAGUGGAUGAAACUAUGGUUUAUUACAGCUCCAUGUACUUCCACGUACACAUCAUCAGCAUUCUGGCUGCGAUCGUCCUGCAUCAGAAACAUAAACCCAGAAAACCCUCGGCCACCCCAAAGUCGUUCCCCUCCUCCUCGGAUUCGUGCUCAGCCCAGUGCCAGCCUGUUCACUCCAACAACAAUGACAAAGUAGACUGAAAAACAUCCCUUCUUCACAUCCUUUUACCCAGCUCUCAGUACUCUCACAAAGACAACUCAGUGUCCUUGGAGGACCUUCAGCCUCCUAAGGAAACACUGCGCUAUUUAUUUUUUUCAUGUCGACCAUACAUAUUAAGAAGAGAGGACAAGAAACAAAAAAACUAGUUUUUAUAUUGCAAUACAGUGCAGGAUUUGUAAGUUCUGCCACUUUGGGACGACGUUACACAACAUCAGCGGCUGACUGUAAGGAGAAAGAUUAGCGGAGGAAAUGUCUCUGCUGCCACCACUACCAGGAUCUCUGUUUCCCAGCACUUUCCCUCCUGCUUACCCCGACUUUCAAUAGGUUUUUCCCCCUUAUGCCAAUCUGAAACAGCAGUGUGCCUGCUCCAUGAACAUGAAAGGAGAAAGGGGCUCACUUUCUGUCCUGUCCUCAGUCUGCGUGUCCCAGUGACUGGUGGGAGCUCUGCUCGCACAGUGGGAGAGCUCAAAUACCAGGACACGUACACUGAAAACUCAUCCAUAGACAGAUAUUAAGAAGAAAAUAUGCGCAUACUUUCUCAAACAUGGUCGAACUCGGUCACACUGCGAUGGCACACAAAGGCGGCCAUUGUGAAGCCACAAAAGAGUGUGCCAAGUGGGCAGAGAGCUGCAUCCACUGCACCCACUUAACCCGGAGGAUGUUUUAGAUGUGCGUUUGUGCCUGAUUUGAUCUGUUCACAAUGUGUCUGAUACCUGAUCCCACGACACGAAGCAAUUAGAUGAGAAAACCUCAAUGAAACUGAAAGCAACACAUUUAAAGUUUCUUUUUUUUUUCUGUAUGGGUGAUGGCAUUGCACGGUGAAAGAAUAGCAAGAACAAAUUUGUAUUUGGACUCAGCUGGAGUGCGAUGCCGAGCUGCUUCUGUAGUUUCCUGCAGGGUUGAGAGGUUUAUCGAAUGGAGACAUCUGGUGGCUGCUGGACCGUCUGAACUGAGCUGAAGUAAACAAUGACAAGUCAUCAGAGACUGGAACCAGCAACCUUCAGUCUCCUCAUGCACCUUACCAACCCCCAGCUGAGAGCCUCUCUGUCCACUAAUGUCUCUGUCUUUCACUUUUUCGUUUGAAACUCACACUAGCUUUUACCUUUGCACAAAUGAAGUUGAUGAAACUGAAGUGUAUGUUUGGAUCACUGAUAAGUCAAGUUCAGUAAGCAAAAAAAACACAAAAAGGCUUCACUUUUUUUUUUCUUUGUGGGGACUUUUAAAUGUGGUUCUGGUGUUAAUGGUGCUGUAUCUGGACUGGUGUAGCUUUCAGGUACAUUUAAAUAAUACUUUUUUUCAUAAGGGUUAUUAGAAACGCUGCUAACUGAUUGCCUGGGUACAAAAAUCGAACAAACAAACAAAACAUAACAUUAUGCUUGAAAAUGUCUUUAAAUGCUUUAUAUAGGUUUCCUACAAAAAAAAACCUUCAUCCGUUUUGUCCGUUUCAUUAUGCUAGGAACACAAUCUUUAUCCAUUUUGUCUUGAAAUAUAAUAUGGAAAAACUUGCAGUGUGACUGUGCCUUGUCGUGCCUAAACUCAUAGACUGACUCAGACUUCUACCUUUUUUAAAGAGUAAACCCCUAUUUAAAAGAAAAGCAUAAAGAUUUACUUUAAAAAACAAAAGUCCCAACUGAUUAAGCUUUGCUCUAACAAUAACCCAGUUUACAGAGAAGUGGAGGCUUAAAAGUAGGGGUGCACAAGUUAACUUUUACUGAACAAGAAUUGCAGGGGAAGUAUUCCAGAUUUUAAGAGAAACCGCCCAAGUUUGCCCAUGUAGAACAAGUUCUUAUUAAAUCUUCCAUUAUUUUUCAUCAAAGACUCCAACAUUUGUUGUGUUGGUUUUAUUAAUGCUUAAAUUGCACAGGAGAACCUCCUAAAGGAGUCAGUGAAGUGUCUGUAGUGAUAAGUUUGGGGGACUGAUAGACCCCAGAUUUCUAGAUAUCAUUUUACCAUUGACACCUGAAUGGGGUGGUUAUAUUUACUGAGGGCCGACUGCUGCACACUCCUUCGUGACGACUUUCCAAGAGCCUAGUAAUGGUCGUAAAGGCGUCGUAAGCUUUUAAUUUAGUGCUAAAUAAUGUGUUUGGGGACACAAUACUGUUGGACUACAUGUUGAGGAUGUGUUUUUAGAACAGGGAAAUACGUGCCAUGUGUUAUACCAGUGUGUUGUCAGAAUGAGCAGCUAUUAGAAAGAUUUAACACUGAUUUUGUGUGAUUUAGAUGUUCUGACUGUGAGAAUGUGACUUUAUGUCAGUGAUACUUUUAUUAUAUUACAGUUGUUUUUGUGUGUGUGGUUUUUAGUACUAUGUGUUUGGAGGAAAGUGCAAGUGUUAUUAAAGAAGUCCCAGAAAGAGAAAAAAACCUCAGUGAAAUGCAUAUCAAGCAUUUUUUUUUUACAUAUUUAACAAAGUUUGACUAAUGCUUUUGUAGUUGGUUCGUUUUUUUUAAUAGCAAUGACUAAUUGUGAAGAAGACAAACAUUUUGUAUUAAGACGAUUUGA